GCCGGACGUGAAGGUUCAACGGGAGAUGUAAGAGUGCCAGUGCAGGCGCUCGCCUGACAGCUGUGGCGAGUGACUCACGGCAUGGCGUGCGACUGUGUGGGACUGUGGAGGAUACGCAAUCGUGUUCAGGUUGAUCUGGUGGAACGGCAGCCGUUGCUAUCACGAUGCUGUGUUGAAGGAGGAGGCGGCUGACGACGGCGGCGGGAUAAAAUCUGGAACUUUGAAUUGUAUGUUUUUUGUUGGGCUGCACUUGCCAGAAUCUUUGAGAAAGAUGGACUACAAAACUCAAGGACUGGCGGCGCUCAGUUCCUUGCUCCCGGUCGCAGACAGCUGGGGGGUGCAUUUGCUCAGCGUUGGCGCGCCGUCAUCAUGGUUGUCCCGGUGCAAGCGUCUCCCGUUCGCUGAUGUCACAGUCCAUGCAGCGUGUCGAACAUGCCGCUCGUGAGACUGACGGUGCCAGCCGCCGGGCUGAGCCAGGAAGCCCGACCGUUCAGCCCGCGCCGAUCCAAGGAAAGCAGCGCCGCUCAGCAGUGUGAGGCAGCCGUCCGACUGACGCCCUGCGCCAAGUUGCUUACCGUACUGCGAGUGACUGAGAGCCUGGCUGCCGUGCCUCAGGCUGGGUCAGUGAUGCCAGGGUAGUGGGUGACCAGCCUACUCCGCCGGGACUCGUCAUCGGAUCCAUGGCAUGAUGAUUUAAACUUGUAAUGAAGCGCCAAUACUACCGUG